UGGCUGAGGGGCGGCUGUUGGCAGCUUGGAAUGAGCUCAUUCUCCCAGGAGGGAGCAAGGCUCGGAGUGAAUCACUGAGAAGCUGCAGCCCGUCUGCGAAAUACAUCUUCAGUCUGUCUCUGCUGGCCUGAUUCUUUACUUGGGGGUGUGCACAUGGUGGAAGUGAAAAUGUAGAUGAAAAGCAAGGGAAAGAGAAGUCUCCAGGUUUGGAACGGAGAGUUCUCUGUCUGGGUUUUUGCCCUCCAGAACAUAGCAACACACAAUGUCAAAGAAGGGUGCUGGCGGUCGAGCUAAGGGAGACAAGCCUGAUGCCUUAGCUGCUUUGCAAGCAGCCAAUGAAGAGCUCAGGGCCAAACUGACUGACAUUCAAAUCGAACUUCAACAAGAAAAGAGUAAGGUUGCCAAGUUGGAACGAGAAAAAAAUCAAGAAGGAAAGCUGAUCAGAGAGCAGGAGCAGCAUAAACACACCGUGGUAGUAACUGAACUCAAAACCAAGCUGCACGAAGAAAAAAUGAAAGAACUGCAGACUGUGCGAGAGAGUCUGUUACGGCAGCAUGAAGGGGAGCUUCUCCGAAUCAUCAAACUAAAGGACAACGAGAACCAGAGACUUCAGGCACUUGUUAACGCCUUGCGUGAUGGAGCUGCUGACAAAGUUAAAACGAUGCUUUACAAUGAAGCUAAAGAAGAGGCCAAGAAGGUAUUUGAGGUUGAGAAAAUCAAACUGCAACAAGAAAUCUCUGAUUUAAAGGGGGCUAAAAAACAAGUGGAGGAAGCACUAAGUCAGGCUGUCCAUGCUGACAAGCUGAAGGCUGCAGAGAUAAGAAGUGUGUACCAUCUGCACCAAGAGGAAAUCUCCAGGAUAAAGAGAGACUGUGAAAGGGAAAUUCGUAGGCUGAUGGAUGAGAUAAAAUUUAAAGACAGAGCAGUCUACGUGCUGGAAAAAGAGCUGGGGGCUCAGGCUGGGCAUGCUCAGAGACUCCAGCUCCAAAAAGAGGCUUUAGAUGAACAACUUACCCAGGUCAAAGAGGCUGAAGCAUGGGAAAAACGACAUCUGAGUAGCCCGAAAAGGGAACUUCCUUGCGCAAGUGGUGCAGGAGACGCCUCAGAUCAUUCAGGAAUCCCUGAACAGCAGCUGGAUGAAAGGGAUACUCGGCGAUUCCAACUUAAAAUUGCUGAAUUAAGUGCAAUCAUCAGAAAACUAGAAGACCGGAAUGCUCUACUGUCUGAAGAAAGAAAUGAACUUCUCAAGCGUUUACGUGAAGCUGAAAGUCAGUACAAGCCCCUCCUGGACAAAAAGAGACGCCUCAGUAGAAAAAAUGAAGAAAUGAGCCAUGCUCUCCGGCGUAUGGAAAAUAAACUCAAAUUUCUCACACAGGAAAAUAUAAGAAUGAAGGAAAAGGUCGGGACUAUACGCCGACCAAGCUCCUUAAAUGAUCUAGAUCAGAGUCACGAAGAGAAAGAAAAUGAACUUCUUCGAAUGCAAGUUAUUGAACAGCAAAAUAUCAUUGAUGAUCUUAGCAAGGCUUUGGAGACAGCUGGUUAUGUCAAGAGUGUCAUAGAUCGGGAUAAGCUUCUACAUUACAGAAAACAGAGGAAGAAAGUUACAAAAUCGAGCAAGAAGCCAGUUGUGGAGACGUUUUUUGGAUAUGAUGAUGAAGCCUCACUGGAUUCUGAUGGCUCCUCCGUUUCCUACCAAACUGAUAAGACAGAUCGAACCCCUUGUACUCCUGAAGAUGAUCUGGAUGAGGGAAUGGCAAAAGAAGAGACUGAACUACGCUUUCGUCAGCUGACCAUGGAAUAUCAGGCUUUGCAAAGGGCAUAUGCGUUGUUACAGGAGCAAGUUGGUGGAACCUUAGAUGCUGAACGAGAAGUAAAGACUCGUGAACAAUUACAGGCAGAAAACCACAGAUAUCAAACUAAAAUUGAAGAUCUGGAGAAGGCUCUUGCACAGCAGGGGCAGGACAUGAAAUGGAUCGAAGAGAAACAAGCACUUUAUCGCUGGAAUCAAGAACUACUCGAAAAGAUUCGGCAAAUGGAGUGUGAAGAAAAUCGCCUUAGACAUGAUGUGCAGGAUGUGAAAGAUCAAAACGAGCUUUUAGAGUUUCGCAUCCUAGAACUUGAAGAACGAGAACGACGAUCACCUGCUAUUAAUUUUCAUCACAUCCCUUUUCCAGAGGAGAUGAGUCCUCUCCAAGUCUUCUGUGAGGCAGAAGGAGUAACAGACAUUACAAUAGCAGAUCUCAUGAAACAGUUGGAUAUAUUAGGAGAUAACGCCAACUUGACCAAUGAGGAGCAAGUGGUUGUGAUUCAGGCCCGAACAGUUUUGACAUUGGCAGAAAAGUGGUUACGGCAGAUUGAGGUGACUGAGUCUGCACUACAGCAAAAGAUGAAUGACAUUGAAAAUGAAAAGGAGCUUUUCAGUAAACAGAAGGGCUACCUGGAUGAAGAACUGGACUACAGGAAACAGGCCAUGGAUCAAGCUCAUAAGCGGAUUCUGGAGCUGGAAGCCAUGUUAUAUGAUGCUCUGCAGCAAGAGACUGGUGCAAAGAUGACUGAGCUUUUGUCUGAAGAAGAACGAGAGAAGCUGAAGGGGGCAGUGGAGCAAUGGAAGCGUCAGGUCAUGAGUGAGCUCCGGGAACGUGAUGCACAAAUACUGAGGGAACGAAUGGAACUUGUCCAUCAUGCCCAACAGAAAAUAAAAGAGCUAGAAGAAAGGAUUGAGGCACAAAAAAGGUUGAUAAAAGAGAUGGAAGAAAAGCUUUCAUUCUUUGGUCGUAAUUCUUCCAGGCAGUUGGCAAGGAAGGUCACUGUGAAAGAAAAAAAACUAGAUACUGUAAUAAAUGAUCAAAUUACAGUGUUGCUCCAAGAAAGUUCGACAUUACACCAAGACAAUAAGUAUUUGAAAGAGCGCCUCACAAUUUUCUUUGAGAAGAAUAGAAAAUACAUGAAGAAUAUUCAAGGUUCAAAGGCUGUUGUGCCAGUAACUCAGAACUCGAAGAAAAUGCUGGAGAAUCAUGUCCCUGAUUUGAGACACAAGCUCAGUAAAAAUGUAAGAAAACCAUUAAAAUUAAUGGAAAAUGCAAAUGGACCAAAUUCAACCAUUUACAAUGAAACACCAAUAAUGAAAUAUUAUAAAAUUUAGAAAAUUGAUUUCCCCCUGAGGAAAUGAGCAGAGGAAAGUGUACAGCAAGGCUGAAAGAAUACUUUUGAUAUUUAAUGAAUGAAAGGAUGACCUUAAAUUUCACUGCUGUGCAGGAGACUGAGAAAACUGCUUCUAUUUUGAAGCAUGACUUCCAUUCAAGAAUAAUUUCUACUUCAUACACACUGCUAAAUUUUGUAGCUGCAGAGGUUGCAAAAUCUUGGCAGCAACACUUCUGCCAAAUCAAUGGAGUCAACGUACUAUUGAACAUGAAACAUUUAAAUCAAACCGUACAGAUGUUACUUGAGAGGCAUGGAUGGUGUGUGCGCAUGUGUAAACCCGUUGUCCUGUAACCUUCAAAAUAAUAUACAAGACAGAUAAAAUAAAUGCAAUGAUUUGCUAUGUAAGACUGAAAAGGAUUAAUUCCAAGAUAGCACAAAUAUGUUGAAACAACUUUUAAGUGCUUGAGCUUAAUUGUUGGUAAUGUUUACAAUAAGUAAAACCACAAAGCUUGGCUAGAAUGACUCCAAACAAACGUUGGGAUCUAAAUUCGUCCUGCAUUUCCAAAGAAUGGGAGCUAUGUGAUUCCAUGAAUCCCAGAAAAGAAACAAAAUAUAUCUAGAAGGUCAAAAUAUACUCCAAAAAAUGAUUACUUUCAUGAUGUGAAGAAGAUUUCGUAAAACAGAUAUAGUGGGAUGAAAUCCUAGGCAAGUUUUGAAAAUAGUUCAGGUUGUUUAUUGUCCAGUAAAAAUGUACUGUAAUUUUCAAUUGAAGUGUGGAAUAAGUAUUAUUGGGGGAAAAUGUGUUCCUGCUGCUACAACAGGGAGAAAAACUGCAAAUGUUCAUAUUUUCAGUGGGGUGGGAUAGGGGGUGAAGAAACACAAGAGAAUGGAAUUUGAAGAUCUUAUUUUUUAAAGAAGUUGUAUUUGCCCAACAUGGAUCAAGUUAGAUUUGCCCCUAAAAGACAAUCACAGGAAGAUAUAUUAUACUCAAAAGGAUGAGUCCUAUAUGUUUGAACACUGGCAAAUGAAUGCCUGAAAACUUGAAGUUUGACUUUUCAAAUAUUGAACACGGGAAAGAAAAUGCUUGAUUAAAAAUAGUUACAACCAGAUACAUCCGUAUCCAGAUGUAUAAACAAGGAGAUGAAUCUGAAUCACAUAUUCAAUGAAGGAGCUGCAAGAAAUAAGGUGACAGCAAAGUGAAGAACAUCCAUCGUAGUCAUACCAAAAACAAUCGGAUCUGGAGAAGGUGCAUUCAUUAGUGGGGCAGCAGCAGCUGCAAAUCUCUCUGCUUUUGGCCUUACUUCUGAAGACAGCCAAACUUCAUCAAACAAUAUGAACCAGCUCUAUGACUGCCAGAAUCCAGAAAGUGCUGAAGUACAGUUAAUUAUUUCUCAUGUGGUAAUGAUCCAUUAUGUCCCAUGUAAUCUUCCUCUGUAUAUUUCAAAUUUCCCAUUUUUGCCCUAGAGAUGCCUCUACUGCUCCAGCAUCUGAUGCAUUCUUCAAGACAUUUGGGAACACAAAUAGGUGCAAUCUUCCAAUUAGAUAUUGGAAAAAUUCCAGUUUGUGUUGUUCUUUGUCGUAACGUGAAAGAAAUUGAAGUAAUAAAUUGCUGCUAUUUACAAAAGAUAUGAUCACAAUGAGAAAAAGGUUGAAAAUAAGAUUUUUCACACAAAAGCCGCAGGUAAAAAACAUUAUAUUGUUAAAAAAAAGCCCAAGUACGACAUAAUUAACAUAGAACAACAAAUUCUAAUAAAUGAAUCAUUUAUCAUUAAUUUGGAAAUUUGUUACAUUGGUUAAUGCCCUUAAGUGUAUUAUUUAUGUAUGAAAUAAUGCUGUUAAGUUUACAGUGUCAAGAAGGAUAUGGUGAUGUGAGCUUGCAAGCAAAUAAUGUUUUCAAAGAAAAAAAUCAUUUGUGUUUUGCUGAGAAAGUUUGAAAGUACUAAGUUCAUAUCUUAUUUAAAUGCCUUGGGUUAGAGUGAGCCCAUUGACUGCAUAAAUGCAGGAAAGCAUUACCACUAUUGGAAUCACAUACUUCAUUAAGGCUUUCUGUGACACCAGUAAAUUGGAUGAUAUUUGAAUUGUGUUAACAAACUACUGUGGGCAGAUUGUUUGAUCCUGGCUUGAUGAGAAGAAUUAGUCUGGCCAUGUUUGUACAUGUUGUAAAUAUGUGAUGGGCAGUUUGUCAAAAUAGUGAUUUAUGCACAAAGAAAUGACAACUGCAAAAGAAAGUUUUUAAUAAGAAAUGUACGGGAGAAACCAAGGACGCAUGAGAUAGAUCCAGUGAUAGUUGGAUUAGAAUAUUAUUAUUAUUUAUAUGUACAAAGUUGAAUUGUACUGUGUACAAAAAAGCUUCAGUGGGAUUAUUUUGAUCACAGUUAGUAAACAAUUGUCUAUGCACAGUAUUCAGUUCAAUUUUGACCAUUAGAAUUGUCUAAACUAAACUCCAUUUAGACUUUGACCCAAUUUGCUGAUAUUAAUUGAUGCCCACCAAAUGUUGUCCAUACAAGGUUUGUUUAUCAUUACGUUUCAGCUGUUAAAGAAUAGUGGUCUAUUCACAAGACAGUAAUAUGCCCAGCAUUAUAAAGCCUUCAAAGAUCUCCAGAGUGCCUUACAUGGCUUGUUAACAAGAAAAUUAACAACUUUUAAAGAGGUGCAUUUUUAAUUAAGCCUUUGCUGUAAGGCAGCAAAGCCAGGCAAAUGUAGCAUACAUUAGUUUGGGUAUUUGAAAGUUAAUUAGCUCCAAAAUGUUCUGAUGUCAGCACUAAAAUAGUGUUUUGAUUAAACACUAAUGUUAUUCACACGGUGAAUGGAUUUAGUUUAGACUCAGGAAAUCAUGCUGUGAAUAUGUGUACUAAUUCAUAAAACCUUGAUUUCUUGUACAUUUUAUAAGUAUACUGUAAAUUUAUGCUGAAAUACAAAUGUGGCCAGAAGGCCAUGGGUUUAUGAUUCACAAGCUCUGUAAGGUAAUCUCUGUAUACCCACAUCGUAAAUAUUUAUUUCUUUGUUUCAGUACUAAAACAGUAAAUUGCUGUCCUGAAAAUAAGGAUCAUAUGCGGAUCAGCUACAAAUUUUACACAUAUUUUUGUAUUGUGAUUCAUGUAUAU